AUGAAACGGGAUUUACCCGACGAUGGUGAGCAGAUGAAACGACGGUGGAGGGAGGGGCAAGAACUCAUUGCAAAACUCAAAGCCAUUUCACCUACCGUUGAAAUUGAAGAGGCAGAGCCUCAACGUGAAGAAGUCUCUGCAGUUGUCAUGGAAGACACCAGGAAAAAAAUGGUUUCUUCUGAUAAUAAAGUUCGCCAACUGGAGGCUCAAAUUCGCGAGGAGCAGCGUACUUUUGCCAGCAAUAGAAAAAAGGUGGAAGAACUUGAGCAUGAAAGGAAAAAGCUGAGGAACGAACUUGAGCACGAGAAGGCGGCUCGUGAAGAAGCAGGGGCAAAGGUUUCUGCUCUAAAUCUGGAGCAUAGUGCUUUUGGAUAUAUUCAAGAUAUGCCUCAGUCUAAGAUAGUCUGCUAUGCAAAAAUUGCUGUGCAACUGAAAAAGAAGACUGUCUGUGAUGUGCCAUUACAUUGCAGAUGGAUGACUGUGAGUAUUCCAUAA